AUGACGACCAUUUGCACAACAACCCCAAAUUCCCCGCCUGAGCUCUCCGGGUCCAAAUCUUCCAAGUCCUCGUCUUUCCGCUCUUCUUCGCAACUGUCCGGUCCGGAUGGCAUCUUCACCGAUAUCUCGAACUUUGAGGAGAUUGGGCUCGAGGAUGAUGCCGAGUUGUCGUAUCUGAACGAUUCCGCCGCUACUCCGUAUGGUCGAAACCGUUCGUCUACGGCCCGCCUUCAGGGUAAGGGUGCCGUGACUAGUACGACUCGUGAUCUGACCUCGACGCCGAAGCGGAAUCAGUAUCCGCCCUUGCAGAGCAAUGUUAAUGGUUCAUUGAGCGCGACUCCGACGCCGUCUUCGAAGCUUCGCGCUGGAGGUACCCAGAAGAGGCAUUCAACAACAGCACAGAACCAGCGCGCUCGCUCUAUCUCGCCAUUCCGUCCUCAUUCUACACUCGGAGCGUCCCCCUCAACGCAGAGCUUGGCCUUAUCACCCGGCACCCCGCGUCCACUGAGCCGGAAUAAUUCUUGGCAACCGAAUCGCAAGUCCGUCAAGGAUCUGGAGGCUGAAUAUCACGACUCCGAUGAAGAGCUGCCCGAGGAUGCCAGUCUCUGGAACGUGCCCAUCUCGCCCCGUCCCAUGCAGGAGCGUAAUCCGUCCCGCAGUGCUAGUCCUGAUGGCCGCAGCGCUGCACCGCGACCUCUGCCGCUAUCGCAUUCGGUGUCGGAGCUGUCAGUGGCCAAGUCGCCAGCUACGUCGCCCGGUGCAUCUCGAAACCGACAAACAAUCCGGUCGAGCUCUGCUGGGCCUGAACGUGGCCAGAUCUCUCCCCGCAAUCCGCGUGUCUAUUCUUACAACAGCAUGAUGUCCGACUUGUCCGAAGAGGCCAAAAUUAUCACCGAAGCUCUGGAACACCAUGCGGAUGAAAAAGCUCACAGACGUGGGGAGAACCUGCAUAGUGGGCAAUCCUCGCUACGGUCGAGUACCGACUCCAAAAAUGGAUCCAAGACCCCGAUUGAGCUGCCUCCGUUACAAAAGUCCAACAUCAUGAUCGAUCCCCUUCCUAUCAGCAAGGAAAAGGAACGGGUACUCUCGCGGACGCGUCCGAGUUGGCUACCUCCGAAGGACCAGAAGGAGGAAAAGAAGCAUCUGAAACAGUACAAACAGAUGAUGGCAUACUCGCGUGAAGCUGACAAACGACGGGCUGCCAAGGCUGCUUCUGCGCAAUGCGAAAAGGAUAACACCCGUGAGACGCUCAAAAACAUCUGGGACGAAUACGUGUACCCCAACUGGGACCGGGUCAUUGCUCAGCCCCGUACUCGGGAGCUGUGGUGGCGUGGAAUUCCCUCGCGUAACCGUGGUGCAACUUGGCAGCGUGCAAUUGGCAACGAACUGUCAUUAACAGAAGAGACGUACCAUCGCGCAUUACAGCGGGCCAAGGAUGUUCGGUCCAAGUCUGAUGAUGACACUGGGGAGAGCAACAAACGGAUGCGGGAGUGGUUCGACGCGAUCGACGAGGAUGUCUCCAAGGCGUUCCCGGAUCUGAAACUCUUCCAGGAGGGUGGGCCACUGCGGGAGACAUUGAUCGAUGUCCUGCAGACGUACUCGAUGUAUCGGAGUGAUGUUGGUUAUAUUUACGGUCUUAACACUAUUGCAGCUUUGCUCGUUCUUCAAUUUCCAUCACCUGCUUCCGCAUUCCUUGCCAUGGCGAAUGUCCUCAACCGACCACUUCCCGUGGCAUUCCUCACGUUGGACCGUGGUGCCGUUGAACGCACCUAUACGCUGGCGUCGGCGACACUUCGCUACAAAUUCCCCCGCCUGUCAUCGCACCUCUACGAAACCCUCAAACUCAGCCACGAAGAAAUCUGGGAACCGAUCUUCCGCUCUCUCCUCUCGAACGGUCUCGACCUGGAGCGCCUGAGUCGCGUGUGGGACUGCUGGGUAUUCGAAGGAGACCGGAUCAUGAUUCGCGCGGCCGUCGCAGUCCUGGGUUGUCUCCAGACACAGUUGUUCGGAUUCACCGCGCCCAACGACGAGAGCCGCAUCGCCGUACGCAAUAUCCUCGGCUGGGGCCCGCGUCAUAUGGGUGCUAAGCCGAAGGACCGAAACAGUGCGCCUGCGGCACCUGCGACUGGAUUCGGUGGUGGCCAGCUCGCUCAUACGUCGGAUGGUGAUUACUGGAUUCUUUCGUCUGCUGGUGAUGAGGAUGGGUUUGUCAAUGAGGUCCGGGAAGCGGGCAAAGUGCGGAAUUGA